AUUCUUGUUCCGUUUCACACUAUGAUCCGACCUGUAACUUCUCGCCCUUGAGCUAUGAAAUGCUCAUGUGUGAGGGAGUUUGAAGUUUGCAGCGUCAAAAGGGCGUACGUGUAAUUGUGUGUGUCGCUUGAGUGUGUGCGUGUGCAACUCUCCCUGUUGUUGAGCUGUUUAGCUGGUUACACACUUAACUGAAGUCAGGAAUGUUACCCUGUGAGAAGAAGAAAAAAAAGAGGGAGAAAACAACAAUGGGAGGGGGAGGAGAGAGAAAGAGAGAGAGAGAGAGCGGACCAGAGGAUAAACCAGUGUGGCAGGUUUGCGUCACUGUACUCACUCCGUCAUUUAAAGCUGAUGGAAAGAGGAAAGAGAGGAAUUACUGUAGGGGCUGAUGUCACUACAGAGCGCUGCCUUCAUUAUGAAGCCGUGUCAACACGGGGUAGCUGCUCAGGUACGGAAGUCACGCCAGGCGAAGGAAACGGGAGCUGUUCAAUGAGGUCGUGCCGGCGAAACCGAAGACUGCAAAGGGACAGAAAAACAAGAGAUCAAGAAGAGGAGCAGAGGAGUCACCCCUGCGAGGACACGCAAUAGAGAAUCAUCAGGAGCAUUGCAGAAAUAUCAAACUAUCAAACCUUUUAAUGCAGCGUUUGUUUCCGUGAAACCGAUGAGGGCUGCAAUUGUACCACCUUUACGGAGCUUUUAAAACACUUGCAGCUGCUGCAUUCGCACAAACUGCUUCCAGAUUUCCGUUUAAAAGACAGCUGCCUGGAAUUGUUUAAAGAUCAAGUUGAUCCUUUCACUCUCCUUUGGGGGAAUUUGGCAGUUGUCAGCCGAUCAUUAACUUUGUUUACUCUCAGGCGAUGGACUUGUCCAUGCUGCCUGCUCCAGUGAGUGAGUAUGACAACCAGAGGACAGGAGCGCGUUUUACUGUCCGCCCAGCUAAUUCCCUCUCGUACAGUCUCACUACCAGGCCAGCUGUUGGGACACCCACAUGUGUUGUGGAAGAUAAGAACUAUCAAGCGAGGACUGGGAGACCCAGGAGUGAAAAGCGUCGCCGUGAGAAAGAGGAGACGCCGGGCUAUAAAACAUCCACUGAGCUGAACCAGAAUGGCACAGCAGACCAAACUGUCCCCGUGUCUGGCUCUGACAUGAGUAGAACAUGUAACCCUGCGUCUGAAAGCCAGGGCGGGACGCACUUGAGGAGAUUAAACCGGGCAAGUAGGAGUAUGAGUCUAGAUCGGAGAGCAGAGGCAUCGAGCCCUUAUCGUGGGAAAAUCACGGACGUGUUCGUGUUGCAAACCAAACGAGGCGAGGAACCGAGAAGGACCGAACCCGAAGGCCCGAGGGGCAGGACGAAGCCUUCAAUGCAGCCCUAUAACCCUGCUGGUACAAGUGACGUUCAAGAAAGUAGCCCAGCGAGUCACAUGAGGCAGACUCUGGACAGGGCCAGUAAAGGUAAAUCUCUGCCCACUAGGUUGAGGUCCCUGUCUGGUUCUGGCCCUGGUCUGCUUGGGCCCGAAGGAGGUCAGAGUAUACUGGAGCGGAUAGAGAAACUCUUUGGGUCGGCUGGUUUCGGUAAACCGGAGGAUUUGUUCCCAACCGCUGCAACGUCCAAUCACAAAGAAACAAGCGCAUCCUCCGCCAUUUUGCCACAGCAGGCGGCUUCAGGUGGAACCUUCCCCAUGCGUUUCUCAUCAAGAGAGGAAAGAGGCGUCAGUCCACUGCGCCGCAGGAAGUCCAUCACCUGGACAGAUAAAGACACUACCUGUUCUGAGGCUUCCUUUUCGCCAAAGACAAGCAGGGCCAACGAGAGACGCUCAGGGGCACAGGGGCAAGGACAGAUCCUGAGCAGGCACUCGGGGUUAGGGGGGGGUAACGCAGGGUUAGAGGACACGGGCACCAGGUCUCUUGACAGAGCCAGGGGCAGAGACUCGUUAGCGGCUCAGAAACGAUCUGCAAGGGCUACGGCGGGAAUUACUGCCCCCCCACAUCUAAACAGUUCCUUAGAAGAAAAGAGACCAGAUUUGUCUGGUUCGUGGGUAGGUAGAGCAAUCGGGACUGGAAGUAAGGACGAAGGCGAGACCAGUGGAACGCAGGGUACAUUGAGAGGAAGAACCGAAUGGCUUGAAGAACAAGGGGAAAAAACAGAUCAAGUGGCAAGAGAAAUUACAGAAUUAAAAAUGAGCAGCUCCGAUGAAGAAGUGUUUGAUCCGAGCCCACAGAAAGUGACAAAGAAAUCACUAGAGAAGAAUACAUUCUCAGCCGCGGCAGCUAGUGUGAGAAAUAAGAUCCAUCAGUUCGAGGCUCUCACACAGAGAGCCCAGGGUGUGGCUGCAGGACAGGUCAGACGGGCCUUUUCUGUACCGACACAAUUCAGCAAGCUCCAUGAAGGAGUGAAAAAGAGUGGGUCGGAUAAAGCCAUAGGUGGAUCGAAAUACAGGUGGGAGGGAUUAAAAGAGGGAGGGGAGGCAGAUGACGAGAAUGAAGAUAAAACCCCAGUUAAAAUAAUCCUCGGUUCAAAUCGAUCUUUUUCAGUGGAUGAGAUUGGACUAAGAUUAGGGAGGGAAGAGAACAAAGGAAAAGAAACGGAUAGCAAGAACAUUUGUGAUUUUGGUAAAAGUUCCAGUCUCAAGACAACCCUCGAGAUUCCACUAAAAGGAGGCGCUCAAAGGAAACGUACAAACUUUGACAAAGACGAGAUUGAUUCUCACAGAACCUCAAGCCGCGAGGAGCAAAGUGAAGGACCACUCAUUUCUCACCCGAGUGACUCCACCGCUGUGCAGGAAACGACAGCCGCCAGGGUGACGUCACUCGUAGACGAUGAAGACGUGACUCCAACAAACUCUCCGUACAUCUCACCCGCUCUUACGCCCACCACGCAACCCAAAAGCCUCCCUUUCGGUGCUCACAGUGGAAACGACAGUGCCUCCGCACUCACACCGGCGGCCGAAAUCCCCAAACGAGAUUCAUGGCUUCGGCCUCGUCCCCUCGCUUCUUCCUCCCACAGCGACCUGCCCGAUCUCCUCUCACCGGAUUUCGACGCAGCAAAAAGCACACAUGAAAAGAAACAGCUGUUGGACCUGAAGGCCUGGGUGGCUGGUAUUGUGGUGUUGAGUGACAACGAAGAGGAUUAUGAGGAAGAUGAUGAUAGUACAGAGAGGGACGAGGAUUCCAACUACGAUUCAGACUCCGGAGAGUCCUCGGUGACCGUCACCAGUAACAUGAGCCAGUCAGAUCACAAGAGCUUCUGCCUCAGCCUUGCCGACCUGCGUAACUUUGCUGGAGUUGACGGCGAGUCGGAGAAUGACAUCGAUGAGUGGCAAUGCACCGACCGUCGGACUGCCUCGCUGAGCUCGGACAUGUCGGCCUUCUCCUCUGUGUCUGUGAUGCCCAGCGAGGAGCUCGACAGGCUUCUGGAGGACGUGAGGAGCACGGGGGACGGCGCUCUGCAGGACGGUGACGAUGUGCAGGUGGUGGUUCUCCAUAAGGACCUGGGUGUAGGACUGGGCUUCAGCGUGGCGGGAGGCGUGGACCAGAACAAGCCCAUCACUGUUCACAAGGUGUUUCCCUCGGGUGUUGCAGCCCAGGAAGGCUCCAUAAGGGAAGGGGACCUGGUCCUGUCAAUCAACGGCACGGCGCUGUGCGGCUACACCCACUGGGAGGCCCUGAGGGUCCUGAGGAGAGCAAAGACUCGGGAGAUGGGGGUGGUGGUCUUCAGGAGGGGAGGAAUGAGCAGUGUCCGUAAGCGGCGAGCGGAGACGAAUAAUCAGGAACAAACGCAGACUCAGUUUAAUGAGACAGGUCAGCACGUGUGUGUGCGCCUGGAGAAGAACACCAGGGACCUGGGCUUCAGCCUUGAGGGAGGUGUAGGCUCCAAACUGGGGAACCGACCACUCACCAUACAAAAGAUCUUCCAGGGGGGUCCUGUUGACAAGGUGCGACCCGGUGAUGAGUUGGAAGAGAUUGAAGGAACGAGUGUGGUGGGCAUGAGGCGCCUGGAGGCCUGGACCCUGAUUAGAGGCCUUCCCUCUGGCCCCGUGGACGUGGUGCUCCGUCGCACUCUGAAACAUCUGGAAACAUGAGGAUUGUUGAGGUGCUUUGCGCACAGUGAGGCAACUUAAAGCCACGCACUGGUGGCUAAGAACCAAACCUGAUUUAAGUCAGGCGCCUGCUUGUAAUGACAAGUUAACAAGUUGCCGUUAUUAGAGCAAAUCUCUGAAGGAAAAUUGUCAAGAGACAAAGUCAAAGAAAAUGUCUAACUUUAUUUUCAUAAUUAAAUCUACCUCAAAGCCUCUGAUGUUUCUUUACAAGGUCAUAACAAAGAUUCACUGAUGACUCAUACCUUUAUCAAAUCAACCAACUUUUAUAUGCUAUACUUUGCUCUGCUGUAUUUUUGCGCUUGUAAAUAAAUGCACAUGUUGUAAUAUAUUACAGUUUAUAUUGCUUUUUAAUAAAUCCUUAAUUUAAA